ACUUCGCAUAUCUUCACACAAAACAAAUUGGGUUACAACACUUUCUACUUGUAAGAAACCAAAGCAUUUAAAAAUGGCUUCAAGAGCUUUGGCAACAACAGCUUUUCUCCUUACCUUCAAUCUUCUUUUUUUCACUUUGGUAACAUCCACUCAUACCCCAAAAGGCUGCCCACCACCGCCACCAUCGUCGUGCCCACCGUCACCGAAACCUCCAACACCUUCACCGAAACCUCCAACUCCUUUACUCCCUCCCAAAGCAAGUUGCCCAAAAGACACUCUCAAAUUGGGUGUUUGUGCUAAAUUGCUCAAUGACCUUGUCCACCUGGUCGUCGGAACCCCACCAAAGACACCAUGUUGUACCCUAAUCCAAGGCCUCGCCGAUCUUGAGGCUGCAGUAUGUCUUUGCACUGCAAUUAAAGCUAAUGUCUUGGGAAUCCACCUCAAUGUUCCGGUCUCUUUGAGCCUGUUGCUUAACUAUUGUGGAAAGAAAGUUCCCUCCGGCUUCCAAUGCGCAUAGAUAUGCAUCUUUUCAAUUUAUGGAAGUUUAAUACUAUAGUGUGUUGUAUUUAAUUUGGAAGACGGUUGAUUAUGAUCGAUAUGAUGUAAAGAAUCAUAUGACAUGUGAUUCAACAAUAAAUUUUUCCCUACUAUUAUGUAAUGUUAAUGAUUUUUAUAGAA